AUGCCGGGGAGCCUCUCCACAGCCCUGCGCGUGGUGGGGACCAGCCUCUUCGCCGUGGCCGUGCUGGGGGGGAUCCUGGCCGCCUACGUCACCGGGUAUCAGUUCAUCCACACCGAGAAGCACUACCUCUCCUUCGGGCUCUACGGAGCCAUCCUAGGGCUGCACCUCUUCAUCCAGAGCCUCUUCGCCUUCCUGGAGCACCGGCGGAUGCGGGGCUUGGGGGGUCCGGUGAGGCUGGGGGGCUCGGUGGCCCUCUGCAUCGCUGCUUACCAGGAGGAUCCUGACUACCUGAAGAAGUGCCUGCGCUCUGUCAAGCGCAUCGCCUUCCCCGACCUCAAAGUGGUGAUGGUGGUGGAUGGGAACGGGCCGGAUGACACCUACAUGCUGGACAUCUUCCAGGAUGUGAUGGGCUCGGAGUGCUCGGGCAGCUACAUCUGGAGGAGCAACUUCCACGCACGAGGCGAGGGGGAGACGGAGGCUGGGCUGCAGGAAGGGCUGGCGCACGUCCAGGCACUGGUGCGGGGCACCACCUACUCCUGCAUCCUACAGAAGUGGGGUGGAAAGCGGGAGGUGAUGUACACAGCAUUCCGGGCACUUGGAGAUUCUGUAGACUACAUCCAGGUGUGUGACUCAGACACGGUGCUGGACCCCGCCUGCACCGCUGAGAUGCUCCGCAUCCUGGAGGCCGACCCUCGCGUCGGUGGUGUUGGUGGAGAUGUCCAGAUCCUGAACAAGUACGACUCGUGGCUCUCCUUCCUGAGCAGCGUGCGGUACUGGAUGGCCUUCAACGUGGAGCGCGCCUGCCAGUCCUACUUCGGGUGCGUGCAGUGCAUCAGUGGGCCCCUGGGCAUGUACCGCAAUGCUCUGCUCCAGCACUUUCUGGAGGACUGGUACCACCAGACCUUCUUGGGCAGCAAAUGCAGCUUUGGGGAUGACCGGCACCUCACCAAUCGCGUCCUCAGCCUGGGCUACCAGACCAAGUACACGGCUCGCUCCAAGUGCCUGACGGAGACGCCCACCCGCUACCUGCGCUGGCUCAACCAGCAGACCCGCUGGAGCAAGUCCUACUUCCGUGAGUGGCUCUACAAUGCCCUGUGGUUCCACAAGCAUCACCUCUGGAUGACCUACGAGUCCGUGGUGACUGGCUUCUUCCCUUUCUUCCUUAUCGCCACCGUCAUCCAACUCUUCUACCGCGGCCGCAUCUGGAACAUCCUCCUCUUCCUCUUGACGGUGCAGCUGGUGGGCAUCAUCAAGGCCACCUACGCCUGCUUCCUGCGGGGCAACGCAGAGAUGAUCUUCAUGUCCCUCUACGCCCUCCUCUACAUGUCCAGCCUCCUGCCCGCCAAGAUCUUCGCCAUCGCCACCAUCAACAAGUCGGGUUGGGGCACGUCGGGCCGGCGGACCCUGGUGGUGAACUUUGUGGGGCUGCUGCCGGUGUCAGUGUGGGUGGCAGUGCUGCUGGGCGGCCUGGCCUACACUGCCUACAGCCAGGACCUCUUCAGCGAGACUGAGGUGGCUUUCCUGGUCUCGGGGGCAAUCCUCUACGCCUGCUACUGGCUGGCCCUGCUCACCCUCUACCUGGCCAUCGUGGCCCGCCGCUGCGGCAAGCGCCAGGAGCAGUGUGGCUUGGCCUUUGCCGAGGUCUGACCGUGGCACGGGGCAGCGCUGAGCGUUCCCAAUGCCUUCCUGAGCCUUGCUUUCUGGGGGGAGGAGGGGAGGGUUUGAGUUUUUAGUUGUUUUUUUUUUUCCUCAACAAAGCAGGGGGGAGGCCAAACCAUGGUGCUGCCAUCCAUCUCCCCCCUCACCAGUGCCAUACCUGGAGCACUGCUGGUCACGCUCCCCACCACCAACCACCCUCGGUGCUGCUUUUUUUUCCCUCCAUGGUGCUAUGGCAAAAGCAGCACCGCGGGCUGGUGCUGCUGCUGCUGUACCCAUUGGGAACCCCCCUGGCUCCACCCCCAGCCACUUUUCGGGGGGUCUGGCUGCCCCAGGAGGGCAGCAACUCCCUUCAGCUUUGCCAAAGAGCCAAGGGGGGCACCCUGGCAUGCAGGACCUGGGGUGUGUGAUGUGGUUGGAGUGUUGCCAUGGGUCCCUUGGGGCUGCAGCGACACUCUGGCCACGCCACAGCCCCCCUGUAUCAAUCUCAAGCCCUAUUUUUAAUUUUCAGGGCUUUAGAACCUUUCUACAAUUAAGCAUUUAGCCGUUUUUUUGUGUGUUUAAUUUAAUACAAGGUUUUUUAGACGACUUUUGUAGCUCUUUGGU